AUGGUGCAGAACAAUUGCAUGUUUGGUGGUUUGCCCAAUGAGGAUCCAAACACCCAUUUGGAUGAUUUUCUAGAGAUUUGCGAUACCUUCCAGAUUAAUGGGGUAUCGAAUGAUGCUAUUCGAUUAAGGCUAUUCUCAUUCUUGUUGAGGGAUAAGGCAAAGAAGUGGUUGAAGUCAUUUCCAACUAGGACAUUUACGACCUGGAAUCAACUGGCCAAGAAAUUCUUAAAGAGGUACUUUCCACCUUCUAAGAUGGCUAAGUUGAGGAAUGACAUAGCAGGAUUUCUUCAGCAAGAGAAUGAGACUUUGUACGAUUUAUCAGUAGUAGAAUCCAAGAGAGCAGGUUUGAGUCAAAAGGACUGGCAUCCAUGCGAUAGACCCUAUGAUAGUUUAAAUGGACAGUUAGAGGCCAUGAGCAAGAAGAUGGAUGCUUUGACUAUGUCUUCAUCUAGAAGACAAACACAAGUUAUGACUUGUGAUUGGUGUGGGGGUGGUCAUCAAUGUCAAGAUUGCCAAAAUGAUAAUACUUUUGCUAAGCCGAAGCAGAUUGAUUAUGUGGGUAAUGCUUCGGGCCAACAAAACAAUCCCUAUAGCAAUACUUAUAAUCCAGGUGGAGAAAUCAUCUGA